AUGUUUCUCACUAUCCUUGUUGCUUUGAUCAUCUACAGGGUUGUUGCUCAGAAUCUCAACUUCUUGAUCAUUAUUCUGACUGAUAGAGUUCUUGGCAAGUAUCUGUUGGCGUUUCUCAUUGUUUGGCACUUUGUUGGUGGCCAUUUUGGAGAACACUUUGUAACUCUUGUUGAUUUUAGUGAAGCUUUGACCUUGUGGUUUUUACUCUUCACACCGAAGAGGUUUUCCACGUUGAAUUUGAUGUCUCAUCAUCAUAGCAGGGCGGCACACUUGAUAAUGGAACUUCAUUACGGUCAUGAUCGUGAAAAAGUUCUUGUGCAACUCAACGAAUUCAUCAGACAACCGAGAAGUGAAUCAAUGCGCAUCAAUCUUGGAUAUCACCUGUCGAACUCCUUCGAUACUGUACUCAAUAUACUUGUAGAGGAAGUAAUAGCAGAGAAGCCCAAGUUUUUAGACUCAACAUUAACCCCGAGGGAAUCUUCAAAAGUUUGUAAUGCUCUAUCGGUAUUUCAGGUGCAAGAAAGUGGCUCGUCCAAGGUAGCGUCGUUGUUUCCUGAUUUGCUUCGUGGAUUGAGAUACGGAACAAAAAAAAUACAUAAAAUUCUUUACCCAUUCCUCAAAGAAACUACAAAUGUGAUGACGCCUCGGCAACCUGUGAGGCUUAGCAUCUUGAUUCUUAUUGAUGCCCUAACAAAGUUUGAUGAGUUACAUGGGCAUGAAAUUCUUCUUUUAUUUCUACAAACACAAAUAUUUUCUUCCUGCUUGCACUGCAUUCAUCAUGGUGAUAUGCCGAUAAAGAAGGUUGCAACACUCAUACUUAUGAAAAUCUUGAUGCAAGAGGAAGGGCUAAGAUGUUGUUACUCUCGCCCUGAUUGUCUUCGGUCAGUGAUGGAAGUCUUGGGUCAACUGGUAGAAACAUUUUCUUAUCAAAUCCCUUGUUCGCAGCACCUAAAAUAUGUUAUUCGAUGCUUCCUAAGUCUUUCGCGAGUAGGAUGGAUACCCAGGGUAUAUGAAACAGUGAGAAACGGGGUUCCUCAACAACUAAUUGACAACACUUUUCGCGUUAUUAUUCAUGUAGAUCCACAGAUUCAAAAUAUGCUGUAUCAGUUAUUAUUGAAUCUUAAUCUUAAUCCCCAACAAUUGCUCGGAUGA